UACAAAUCCCUCUUGAUGCUGAAUUGGAGAGUGAGCUUGGUGGGCAAGGGUGCCCGCCUCUCAGCUGCCUCCCCAGAGUUCUCAGAAUCACAGAACAGAGAGAGCUGCCCCACAAUGGAGGGUCUGUGCUCACUAACUCUGCUGCUGCUGUUGCUGUGGCCACCUGAGACUUGGGAGGGACUGGCUUCUAAACCACCAUUUCCCACAAAGAUCUCCGCGGAUCCUGCUGUUCUCUACCUCGGUAAUGGUACCGGGCAAGAGCCUGUCCUCAUCAUAACUUUCGACCUCACCAAGGUCACUAGAGCCAUCUCCUCCUUUGACCUUCGGACCUGGAACCCAGAAGGAGUGAUUUUUUAUGGGGAUACAAAUCCCAAAGAUGACUGGUUUAUGCUAGGACUUCGGGGUGGUCGGCUUGAGAUACAGAUCCACAACUUUUGGGCCCAGCUCACCGUGGGAGCUGGGCCCCGACUAGAUGAUGGAUGCUGGCACCAGGUGAAAGUCAAGAAUCAGGAGGAUUCUGUGCUCCUGGAGGUGGAUGGGGAUGAGGUGCUGAGGCUAAGUCAAGUCUCUAGGCCCCUGGUUGGGACUGCUGUGCCCACAAUGAGGAUUGCUGUGGGGAGCUUGCUCUUCCCCCCCACUGACCUUCAUCUCCCGCUGAUUCCUGCCCUGGAUGGUUGUCUCCGACGACACAUCUGGCUGAAUCAGCCUGGCAACACUGCACCCUUCAGCCACCAACCUCAGGGGGCUUGCAACCCUGAGGCCCAGCCAGGCACCUUCUCCCCAAGGUGCCACACAGCGUUCAGCCUCCAAGACCUCCCCCAGCCAGAUGUGGACCCCUGGGCCUUCUCCUUGGAGCUCAGACUUCAGUUUUUCAGGGGCUCAGGAUGCCUCCUUGCCCUCGGUAUCCUGGGCAAUCAAUCCCUGCUCAGCCUUGACCUUCAAGACCAAAUAUUGGUACUUUCUGCCAGGUUACCACAGGAGCUGAAGGUGCUUUCUAAGUCAUUGCCUCUGAGCCCAGGGCAUCUGCUUCAACUUGAGCUGGGCUUGACCAGGGUAACACUGAGUCAGGGGCCACAGGAAGUGGCCCUCAUUUUGCCCCCUGUACUCCUAAUCUCUCUUCUAGACCUCUGGACCCAAGCUAAGGGGAGCCUCAUCCUGGGAGCGGCACCAGGAGAGGCCUCUUCUGUCUCUUUCUGUCUGAAUGGGCUUCGGGUACAGGGCAAGGAGCUGGACGUGGAUCAGGCUCUGAGCCGAAGCAAGAACAUCUGGACUCACAGCUGUCCACGGAGUCUGAACAACAGUACUAACACACCUCAUUAAACUUCCUUGAAAAGAGCCCCUUAGAUUGCCUCCUUCUGCUUGCAACUCAUCAAACACCACCCAUCUCUCCUUCUCCAUCCUCCACCCCAAAGGCCCCAACAUGAAUGGUGAAAAAAGAACAUAGUAUUUCGAGCCACAGAUCCUGAAAUUAAAUCCCAGCUCUACUGUUUACUACCCGUAUGACCUCAAGGAAGUCAUCAGUUUAAAAAAAAAAUAAAAAAGGUGGUAUGCUAAAUGACA